AUGAAGGUAGAAAAGAUGAAAGAGGAGAAGGUGGCGGAGCAGGUGCUCGAGUAUCCAAUCAAGACAGAGCUUUGUCAGCCAGGCCAGGAUUCCAUUCAGCCUGUAAAGCGUCGGCGCCUUCGGCGUCACGAUACGCAGGUGGGCCGGAAUGUGGCCGAUGCCAGUGGGAAGAUUCACACGAAGAAGGAUGUCCUUGACUGGCACAGCUUCUGGCUGAAGGUGAAGCACGAGCUGAAAGAACAAGUGAGGUCGAUGGAUGAUGAAAGCCUGAAGAGAGGCGGCUUCACAAAGGAGGAAGAUGCGGGGGUUUGCAAGGUUGAAACAGGCACAGCGGUGAAAGCCGAGCAUGCAGAGAGCAGCCACCAGGCCGGAAGUGCAGCCAUCGCCCCAACCAGCAGUUCGGGCGCCGCAGAAAUUGGACUCCGAGCCGGAGAAUCCACGACCAGCACCACCAGGCUGGAGGAACAGAAAGUGGAGCCGGGAAGUCCGCCAGACGCCUCCACCGGUGUGGUGAAGGUGGAACCGUCCUCGGAACCGACUGACUCUCGAUCGGCCGAUGGCAAGCUGGCCGCGGCGGAGUUUGAGGAGCAGGUGGCUUUGUGGGCCCGGCAAUGCGCCGGGUUCCGGAAGCGGGCCACUUGGAUGCCCACGAGGCCCUGCUGUCCGGCGAACGUCUUCUUCAGCAACCCGGUGGCGCGGCAGGAGGAGGACCCACCCUGCGUGCAGCGCUUGUCCCGGAAGGAGCUGAGCUGCCUGCGGCUGUUCUUCGAGCGUGGGCAUCCCCUGUUUUCCGCUUCACUGCGGACUGGCCCAGCGACCAAGGUGCCAACACCUACGGUCUCAGGUGCUGCGGCAGCCGCCACGCAACAGGAGGUAGGCUUACCAGCCAGCAGCUCGGCAAGCAUGAAGAUGUGGCCCUGGAUGCGGGACCUGCCCAGCAACAUCUGGGCUGGCCGUGGAUGGGUUUACGAUGAGCAGAGCGGCGCAAGGCGCUUGUCCUCAGCAGGUGGUGCGGACGCCAUGAAAGGCGUGCAGGUCUGGGAGUCUAUUGGCACGGCCGAGCAGCCAGCUGCAGCUUUGGAGCAGCCGCGGCCUGUCAACGGAGCUGCGCCUGGCCAAAGUGCGAGUCUAGUGCCAGCUGCCCCAAACUACAGCGUGAAGCCUGUGAAGGUACUGGCCAAACAGCAGGCCAAGCAGAGUGGGGUUCCUGGCAUUAGUUGGCAUUCAAGCAGCUUCCGUUGGCAGCUCCAAUGGACUGAGAAAGGCCAAACAGGGGGAGAAGCUGCUCGCCACAUCCAAAAUUUCAGCGCCAGCAGCUUCAUGAAGGAUGGCCUCAACGAGGCGGAAGCUGAGGCUGCCGCCCUGGAGGCGGCCAAGGCCUUCCGCGCGCGGCUGGUGGCCAAGGGCCGCAUCAAGGAGAAGCGCCGGGGCGAGAGCCUCACCUCCAACGUGCCUGGGGUGGCUUUCAAGAAGGCGAAAAAGAAGUGGAAUGUCGAAAUUUCCAGGCCCGGUGGAAGGAGAAUCCAGGGCGGCUGCUUCACGGAGAAGGCCGAGGCGGAGGGCAGGGCCCUGGAGCUGCGGGAGCUCCACGGCUUGCAGCGCUCCGUGAAGGCCUCCGCCUCACGAGAUGAGUUGCCGGUCUUCCAGCCCAAGGCGCCGUCUCCUGGUGUCAGUUGGGAACGCCAAGCACAAUGCUGGCACGCUCAGCUCACGCGCAACAAACGCAAGAAGGAUUCGAGGUUCAGGCCCUUGGACCACUCCGAGGCGGAGCUGGAGAAGGCCUUCGCGAAAGCCGUGGCCUGGCUCAAGAAGGAGCGGAAGGAGAUGGCAUCUUAG